AUGAACUUGAUGUGGUCGCUCGCCGCCCAACUUGAAAAGUCAUCUCUUACACAUAGCACGGAGCACAUGGCUAAUCUUCUUGUCGAAAUUCCUCGCAACAACCCGCGUCUGGACUCCAUAAUGUUCCUCCAGCACAAUGUAACUCAAUCGCAGGAACCUGCAAACCUAGCAUUUGAGCCGAGUCCAGUAUGGCAUGACGAUGCUUCAAUCGUCGUCGAUGAGGCAGCCAAAGUCUUCCUGCGCAACGUCCUGACUAAGAGCAAAGCUCAAAUCCAUGAACUACGAGUUGAGUCAGACAAGAAGAAGCGUGAGGUUGAAAACAGCAAGAAAAUACGGGAAAAUAUCCAACAUGGCAAAGAUAAUCGAAACGAGUUGGAUGUUGUGCGGUCCAUUUUCUACAUGCAAGAGUCCUUGCACGAGAUUAAUCGCAAAUGGGUUACAGCCGAGGUAGAAACAGCGACUAUCAUGGUAGUGGCUGGAGAUUUGUCGCUUGGAGCUCAGAACCACAAUUUCCGCUCUCAGACAUUCAAGAUCCCGACAAAUUGCGAUCUUUGCGGCGAGCGAAUCUGGGGCCUGUCUGCCAAGGGCUUUGAUUGCCGAGAUUGUGGCUACACCUGCCAUAGUAAAUGCCAAAUGAAGGUGCCGCCGGAGUGCCCAGGCGAGCAAACUAAGGAAGACAAGAAAAAGCUCAAGGUCUUGCGACAGGAACAGGCUGGUGCCAUGCCUGCUGUGGAUCUCGGCACCCCUGCAUCUUCCACUGCCGCGCCGUCCCUGACGCGACAAAAUACAAUGAACUCUCUUAGUUCCGGGUAUGCGGCCAGUACGACUCGAUCGGUAUCGAACAUUGCUACUCAACCCACACCAGAAACCCCAGCAGACGAGCCCCCAGCUCCCGUUGCACAGACAAAGCCAGCUGCUACUGCUCCAAAGAGGAACCGGGUGCUAGCACCGCCUCCAACAGCAUACGUGACUCCACCUCCGCCGGUUGACUCCGGCAUAAGCUCGAAAUCCAAAGAGCCACGAGGUAAAAUGCUGUACCCGUAUCAAGCCACCGGCUUGGAUGAAGUCAGUGUCGAAGACGGGGACGAAGUGGUGAUCCUACAACCAGAUGAUGGUUCUGGAUGGCUGCGUGUGCGCUCGGGACGCAACGAAGGACUUGUUCCGACCGCAUAUGUCGAAGCUGCCCCAACGCCAUCUCCCGUGCCAUCCACUAGUCCCAGUAUGCCUGACCGACCUGGGUCAACGUACUCGAAUUCCUCGGCAUCGCUGGCGGGAAGCGCUGCGAUGAAGCGUGUCGGCCCAGCCGUCGCGCCCAGACGAGGAGCCAAGAAAUUGCAAUAUGUUGAAGCAUUAUAUGAGUAUGAAGCCCGCAGCGAUAUGGAGUGGAAUAUGGCAGAGGGUGAUCGGUUUGUUCUCAUCAACCGGGAUAGUGGUGAUGGGUGGGCCGACGUCGAACGGGGUGGUGUUACGAAGAGCGUUCCGGCGAACUACAUCCAGGAGGUGUAG